AUGAACGAUAACGAAGAAUCUGAUAUCUUGGAGUGUGACAUUGGAGUGCCUCAGGGGUCUGUUUUGGGCCCCUUACUCUUUAUUAUAUACAUGAACGAUAUAACCAGUGUAAUCAAAUAUGUAAAAAUCAACUUAUUUGUUGAUAAAACAUUAUUCUAUAUCGAAAGUGCUAACUAUGAUGAUGCAAUUGUGAAACUAAAUAAAGAUCUUAAAGCUAGUACAGUAUGGUUAAAUAACAAUAAAUUAAAACUGAACACAAACAAAUCAAUGGUAAUGUUAGUAACAAGUUCGAUGAUUAAAAAAAGAAAUAUAUUAUUGUGUAAGUCACAUGAAUCUUGGAUAACAAGAAAACUAAGUUCUCUGAAUGUGUCAAGUAUUUGGGCAUUCAAUUUGAUGAAAAUUUAA